UAACAAAUUUGACGUAGAAACCAACAUGCGUAKGAAGGCCAGGGCGCUCAUUUCCAAGAUGGCUUCCUYRGCGGAGCAAAUCAAGARUCUUUCUUGUCCAGAACCAACGAAUUUUGACCCAGAAGAAGACGAUUUUGACACUACAAGAGCUACACUUGUAAACAAAUAUAAUCAGGGCGAUGAAGAAGACCARAGUUUCGGUUCCGGUGCGUUAAGGAAGAAGGCAGUUUCACUUUUGUCAGAUGAGGACCAGAAGUAUGAAGGUCGUACUGUUUCGAGAAGUGAUUUGGCGAUAAUGCGAGGAGAUUUCAUGGAUAGUGAUGAUUCGGCGGAUGAAUUGGAUGAUGAAGACGAGGAUGGUGAUGAAGAAAAAUAUUAUUCUGAAUCAUCUAAAAUUGUGGUGGAGAAUGAAGAACAAUCUACAUCUGAGCAUUCAGACAUUGAAGAUGAUGCUGAUGAUAGUGAUGCAAGUGAUGAUGAUGAUGAUGAUGAUGAUGACAAUGAUGGUGGUGACAUGCUUAGCAAUACACUUGGAGACAAUAGUGACAAUAAAACAGCAGGAAUCAGCAGUUUUUCUGCUUCAAAAACAGAAGAUGAAAUAGAAAAAGGAACUGCAGUCAAGCAUCAGUUGAAUCUCUGGGACAGUUUCCUGGAAUAUCGCAUAAGRCUACAAAAGGCACUGCUUCUUACCAACAAGCUACCUCAACAUGAUGUCAGUAAAACAUUUGCUUGUUCUAGUGAUGGUAACAUGAAACCAGAGACACAAAAAGGUCAAAAAGCAUUAACCAACCUACUGUACAAACUCCUCAUUAUACAAGAAAAACUAUUGGAACGAAACCCAGAAACUAGAAAAACACUUUAUCCUGGCACUAAUAAUGGYAUCAAGAAAGAUGACGACGAUGAAGAGAUACCUAGUGACAGUGAGAAUGAGGAAAAAGAAGAUGACACUGCGCAACCUGAAGGAGAGAAUAGUUUGAAGUUACCAGAAAAAAGAAAAGGAGUCUUUUCUCAGGAAGAGUUCAGCGAAUGUAUAUCAAAACGACAUGCAUCUUUUCAAGAUGUCCGUGAUACAGUCAUUUCAAAAUGGAGUGAGAAAACAAGGUUUGCRUCAGGAAAACUWGAGAGCAAGUCAUUCAGCUCAUUUGACAGAUCAGCAUUGUCUCAGAUCAAGCAGGUUUUAAGUGAUAAACAAAGGCUGAUAAAAAGAUCCCAACUUAAACGAAGUUCAUAUAAGGUUUUGGGGAAACAUGAAAAAGAAAAAUCCAGUGAUACUGAACAAGAGGAAGAAGCCAAUGCACACCUUAAAGACUAUGACAAAGAAAUAUUUGAUGACGAUGACUUCUAUCAUCAGCUUUUACGUGAAUUAAUUGAAAGACUAACAGCUUCCAAUGCAGAUGAUCCUAUUGAAAUGGGAAGACAGUGGCUUGAACUACAAAAAUUAAGACGUAAAAUAAAGAAGAAAGURGACACUAAAGCAAGUAAAGGACGGAAAUUGAGAUAUAAUGUCUURAGUAAACUGGUCAGCUACAUGCCACCAAUAGAGAGAGGGUCCAUGCCAGACUCCUCAAGAAAUGAGUUAUUUUCGUCAUUAUUUGGCCAAACCAAAGUACAACCAGAAAUAUGUGAUAUUGAUGUAUUUAGGUGACKGGAAAACAAAAUACGAACUUAAAUUAAAAAUUAAAAUGCAUUUUUUCAAUUGA